GAGAGAGAGAGAGAGAACGCGCUCCUCUUUGUGCGCGUGUCUGUCUGUCAGACCUUCACCAACACAAGACUCAAGUCAAGACUCUCCAGCUGUCAUGUAAAAUCAGGUUUGCCCAAUCAAACCCAAACCAUGGGAAUCGCCCUCUGUGUUUAACCCGACCCAAAGAGAGAAAUGUAAUCCACAAAAACGGAUAAGAUGCUAAAUGACCACUGAGCCUCAUGAAGAAUAAGGAAUUGAGAAGAGGAGAUGAAUGGAGCAGCCGCCCACUCAGCGAGACAGAGCGUGAGUGAAGGUCGAUCUUAUUGUUCUUCCCCCCGUGGCAAACAUUGUGACUAAUAACAAAGUGAGGCAAGAUGAGUGGCAGUAUCUGGGUUGCGUUGCUCUUUCUGUGCAUGUGCUUGGAGCUCGGGGAAAGUAGUGCUCGUCUGAGAAAAUGGAAAAGUGAGGAGCAUUUGCAAACUGCAAGGGAAGACAGUCAGGUAGAAAGUCUAGACGUGGAGGAAGGGCAAAGUGAGAUGUCAUUUGCCAACAAAGCAGGAACACCAAGCUUGAGAUUAGCACAUAAAAAUGAGGAUGAUUUGCCAAAAAGCAACAAAGACGCUAUUGACUCUGUAUCAGGAUUGCAUCACACACAGAUUGAAGAAAUUGCAAAAACUAGAUUUGAAAUCACAUUGACUCCAGUUUUGUUGUCUGAUGCAAGUGUGAACACAGAUUCUACUCCACGUAUUCUGAAUCAAUUUGAUCCCAAUUCCAAAGAUAUCCCAGAAAUCACUAAGACAACAGUAUCACCUCUUGACCAGAACUCCAAAAUAUCUAGAAUAUCUCAAGAUCGCUUCGUUCCCGCUGAUCUAACUCCUGCAGUAGAGGAAACUGAAGCUGAACCUGGUGAAAAAGGACCUCUAUCAGACGCCAGCGUGAUCCUGCUGAAGCCUCCUUCUGGGUUAAAAAACAGCACACAGGAAGUACAAACUAUAAUGAUUGGCAGCCAAGAUGCAGAGAGCAGUGGUGAUUUCCACAGGACCUUUACUGGACCAAAUCUGGAUGAGAUGCCCUCACAAUCCCGGAGCCGGAGAAGCUGGAUAUGGAACCAGUUUUUUGUGAUAGAGGAAUAUAGUGGACCAGAACCGGUGCUGAUUGGACGGCUUCAUUCGAGUGUGGACAGGGGUGAUGGACGCACGAAAUACAUUUUAAAAGGUGAAGGGGCCGGCUCGGUGUUCGUCAUUGACAGCAGGACGGGGAAUAUCCACGUCACCAAACCCCUAGACCGCGAGGAGAAGGACCAGUACCGCCUUAUCGCCACGGCAACAGACCGACAGACCGGCCGAGCCCUGGAGCCAUCCUCCCAGUUCAUCAUCCGCGUGCAAGACAUCAACGAUAACCCACCUGUGUUCCAGGGCGAUCUGUACAGCGCCACCGUGCCUGAGAUGGCCAACAUCGGCACAUCGGUUAUUCAAGUGACAGCCACAGAUGCUGAUGACCCAACGUAUGGGAGCAGUGCCAAACUGGUGUAUUCAGUGAUUCAAGGCCAGCAAUACUUCACUGUGGACCCGCAGUCAGGUAUAGUUCGUACGGCAGUCCCAGAUAUGGACAGAGAAGCUCAGGCGCAGUACCAUGUGGUGCUUCAGGCAAGAGACAUGGGCGGCCAUCAGGGGGGUCUGACAGGGACCACCACUCUCACUGUGCACCUUAGUGACGUCAAUGACAACCCACCGCGCUUCACUCAAAGUAUGUGGUCGUUUUCGGUGUCUGAGUUGGCCGUCGCCGGGGUGGAGAUCGGUCGUCUCUCGGCAACAGAUGCAGACCUGGGUGAAAAUGCACGGGUGGACUUUACGAUCGUGGACGGAGAGGCAGGGGACACUUUCAACAUAACUGGAUUGAACCAAGAGGCAGUGAUUUUGUUAAACAAGGCCGUGGACUAUGAGAGGCGAAGCACCUACUCUUUCACUGUGGAGGUGCAAAAUCCAAACGUGGACUCGCGGUUCCUCAGGCGAGGUCCGUUUAAGGACCGUGCUAUGGUGCGCAUCACGGUUCUGAAUGCAGACGAGCCGCCGCGCUUCUCCCGCUCUCGGUACCGGCUCGACGUGUCGGAAAACUGUCCUCCGGCAUGUGUGGUGGGGAGAGUGGCCGCCGUGGACCCGGAUACAGGCCUCAGUAACAACAUUAAGUACUCAAUUGAUCCCGAGUCAGACCCCGAGGCGCUGUUCCGUAUCGCCUCUGACAAUGGUCUCAUCACCACGGCCGUGGAAUUAGAUCGGGAACAGGAGCGAUGGCAUAACAUUACUGUCAUCGCCACACAGAGAGACAGCCCCAACCAAGUUACCAGGGUAGCGGUUGCCAUAGAGACACUGGACAUCAAUGACAACGCCCCCGAGCUGGACCGACAAUAUAACACUGCCGUGUGUGACUCCAGCGCUGCUGGACAGGUGGUGCAGGUGAUUCGAGCGAUAGAUAAAGACCAAAGCAGCUCCAACUCUCCCAUCCACUUCAGUAUUCCCGCAGAAUCCAGCAGUGCGCUCAACUUCUCCGUCAGAGAGCGAGGAGACCACACGGCGAGUCUGGUGCUUUUGUCGUCCCUGAAGGCUUUUCCUCGCUCUUCCUCUUUACCAACUCUAAACAUACCCAUAAUGCUCCAUGACGGUGCGUCAGACCUCAGGAGCACAGGAACGAUUACCGUUACGGUGUGUCCGUGCCAAAACGGAGGCAUGUGGACAGAGGAACAGAAACAACAAACGGACGAGAAGGAUAAACCAUCUUUGCCGGACUGGGAGAGGCAAGCGGCGUGUUCGCCUGUACCGUCGAACUCCUCGCUGCUGGGAAUCAGCUCGGCCGCCAUGUUGGCGAUCCUGGCCUGUGCGUCAACUUUUCUGGUGGUGGCUGCUCUUUCGCUAUCGUUGCGAAGGCAGAAGCGGGACACUCAGUCUCCUGUGGAAGAUGAUGAGAUCAGGGAGAACAUCAUCACGUAUGAUGACGAGGGAGGCGGGGAGGCGGACACGGCCGCGUUCGAUAUCGCGACCCUGAAGAGCGCCCCCCAGAGCAUGCGCAGGGCACAGCGCCUUCGAGACAACAACAACAUGUAUUCUCAGGAUAACCUGGACAGCGUCAGAACCUUCAGCUGGAGUCAGAGUUUGGGUUUGGACCCACGGCGUCCCGUCUCUGCACCCCUCUACGGACGGUACUGUUACACCAUCCAGACCCUUCCAGCUCCGAGAAACAGACUCGGCCUCGACCUCGCCAAACUGCCGUACGUUCUCCCCGCCAGCCAGGGCCAGUCCCGCGGCCCUUUAGAAUCCGCUUCUGUGUUUAUUGACAAAAUCAGGGAGGGAUCAGAAUGUAAAGGAGCAGACGGAUCCACCGACAGCAUUCCGAAAGAGAGCGAGACAGGAAGUGAGGUCAUCUCUGAGAGCCACACACUCAGCCAGGAUCAGUCUGUUCAUUCAGACCAGGCUCUGUUUGUGAAGGGCUCCAGUUCCUACUCGGAGACCUCCAGCUCUUCAGUGGGCCAUAAACCGGAGUCGUCCCCUCACUGCUUGACCACGCGAGCCUCCAUUUCCACCAUCACCACGGACGACUCCGCCCCCGCCUCGGCUUUGGACAAGAACGGAGACGUUACUCCCAUCAGCACCAGCCAGAGCACAGCCAGCCUCGCCACGACGGAGAUGCCCUUCAGGACGAUGGAAGGUACUCUUCUGAGGGUCGGCGGAGGGGUACCUGUGACCGGGACCACGCUCCUCUACCCAGAAGCUGUCGGCCUAAUGGGCUUGUACGGGGUGGGCGGGCAGAACUAUGUGCCACACCUAGUGAUGCCCCUCCCUGGAGGGGCGGGGCUGUAUGAAAGGGGGUGGGGCUUGGGGAAUGGGACGGUUGGACAAGCGAACUCGGAAAAGGCAAGCGGCGAUUCGCUGACUAACAGAAUGGGCGACUUCCUGCAACAUCGGCUUGCCCUGGUGACCUUUGACCCCAUGCAGCCGCCAUACGACUCGCUGCAGACGUACGGAUUGGAGGGGGGCGGCUCUCAGGCGACGUCUCUCAGCUCGCUUGAAAGCGAGGCCGAAAAAGAUGCAGAGGGACAGAAAGACAGAUUUGAGGAAUGGGGACCCAAGUUUGACAAGCUGUUUGAUAUUUUCAGGGAACGAGCGAAGGAAAAAGAGGAGGACAGAAAGCACGAGGGUGAUUUGUUAAACGAUGAACACCAGGAAGAGGAAAUGAACAAGACAGAGAGUGAGACAGAAACGAGAAAAGAGGACGAAGCGACUGAAUCGAACGAGACACGACGGGUCGAGGAGGAAAACACUGAAGAAAUGGAACAAAUGCAAAACAGAAAGAGACACUAAAUAGGAAAUGGGAACAAAGAGAGAGGAUGUGAUGUCACAUCGUGAGCGUUCAAAAGCAAUAAGUGCUGAAAGGAGCCAAUGAGCACAAUCUGGACAAAGAGAAUUUUAUAUGGACCUGCCAAAAACUAGUAUGUCAGUGUUUUAGAGGAGCAGUCGGUCUUAUGUAAGU